UAGUUUGGUUCUCUCACGUGAAUAAUCUUUAAACAACAGCCUUUCGUUUUUAAUUGCUUCGGGGGACGCUUCUGAGGAGUUAUUGUAGUGUCUGUACGCACAUCAGAAUGGGCGUGAGUUGUCCCUCGAAAGGCAGUUUAGACUACACUAUUCGGACCAGUGAUCUGUGAGCGCAGAUCAUUUGAGUCUGGGAGAGAUAAGGCAGAGCAGCUGCGGGAUGGAGAGAACAGGAUUUAUAGCUGUUGCCUGAAUAUUCUUCCCAAACCAACCCAAGACGCAUAAGAGGGAGGGGAGUGAGAGCGUGAGCGCGCGUGUCAGAGGGGGUUUGACACAGAGACACAAGAGCAAGGAAAGGAAACAAGGGGAAAUUGAGUGUGGAUCGAGAAGAGCAAACGCAUUCUCCAAAAAGGGAGCGGCUAGCGGUCGUCCUUUUGUGCCAUGACCAUGGUGCCAGCGCGCUGCCAGGGAUCGUCGUGCGCCAUGCUGCCGCUCGCUCUGCUGCUCCUCUUGGGAUGCGGUGUGGCUCUGUGCCUCGGUCAGAACGACACGGAACCCAUCGUUCUGGAGGGGAAGUGUCUCGUGGUCUGCGACUCGAACCCUUCCUCUGACGGAGCCGUUACUUCGUCACUGGGGAUUUCUGUUCGCUCAGCCGGUGCCAAAGUGGCGUUCUCAGCCGUGCGUGGGACCAACCAUGAGCCCUCCGAGAUGAGCAACACAUCCAUGACCAUCUACUUUGACCAGGUUUUAGUGAAUAUCGGCAACCAUUUCGAUCUGAAAGCAAGUGUUUUCCAAGCUCCACGGAGGGGAAUAUAUAGUUUCAGUUUUCACGUUGUCAAGGUCUACAACAGACAAACCAUUCAAGUGAACCUGAUGCAGAACGAUUAUCCAGUGAUAUCAGCCUUCGCCGGGGACCAGGACGUGACGCGGGAGGCUGCCAGUAACGGCGUGCUGCUGAUGGUGGAGCGGGACGACCGGGUCUAUCUGAAGCUGGAGAGGGGCACCUUAAUGGGCGGAUGGAAAUACUCCACCUUCUCAGGCUUUCUAGUGUUUCCUUUAUAAUCGAGCGGCUCAGAACCACGUCCAGACCAACACACACCACUCGCCAUCUCUUUUUUGACUUCUUUUGACUAACUGUUAACUCUCCGCAAAGGAAGCCGACAAAAACCUGUAAACCUAAACUAUCUACGAACAUGGAGUUGCAUAUUUCAGAAGUAUCAUGCUAUUUGGAUGACGGAUUGAUCAUGGCGCGUUGUGGAUUUGUUCUCAUUUUUGGAAACAAACUUUGCCCAGAGACAAAGAGGCGAUUUUCUGCAAAUGAACAAAUAACUUGAGAAGAAAAGGUGUGUCAUGCUCUAUUUUAUGUUUGUAUAGCCUUAAAGAAUAUAUGAAACCCGUCCAAGUGAAGUUUGGUGGAUUACGGACAUCCAGAGAUGAAGUGCUUUUAAGGCCAGUCAGUGGCAUUUUUUGCACGAAUGGAAGUUUUUUUUUUGUUUUGUUUUUUUUCGUUAUGUUUUUUGUGCAGUCAAUGGUGUUGCGUUUGGAUGCUUUUUGAAAAUGAAGCCAAAUAUAGGCCGCCUACGAAUUUAUUUAAAAAGAAAAAAGGCGACAUAUUUCUGCCAGCUGGAAUUAGAGCCCUUUUAUUCAAAUAUAAUUCUAUCAUUUAUAAAGAGUGCAUAUUCACAUUAUUGUGUGUUACAUUUCGGAUCUGCGUAGCUUUGACUGAUUUAAUGUUCAGUGACAUUGCUCACAAAAUGUACAUUGUGAAAAUACUAGAAAAAUCCCUAUAUGUCCCGCUAAAUAAAAAGAUAUUGUAUUGUAUAGGCUAUGCGCAAUGGGCACUUCUUUACACGCGGCUGUGCUUGAGUUGUGAGUUUGUAAAUGUGUGUAAUAGGCCGGAGUGAGAGCACUUCACUAAACAAUGGUGUGGGCGGGUCGCUGUCCAUGGUGCUGAAACACACGGCCUCUUUCUCUACUUCAGCAAUAAUAGAUUCAUUACCUGACUCUUUUAGACUGUAC